AUGCCAGGACCGAUUGAAGGGAAAAUCUGGAUCAUGGGAGCCAUUGAGUAUCCGUUCCAUCCAUUUCUGGAGAAGAAUGAGUUUUUCAAUGUUUCCCAUUGGAAAUUGUACGUGGACCAAAAUGGAGAUGUAGCAACAGAUCUGAACGUCAUAAGCUGGGUGCUUCUUCCCGGGUGGGCUCCCAUCGAUGAGCAGCUGGGGAGUUUUGAGAAGCAGAGAUUUACUGCCAGUAAUGAAACUCUGUCAUUGCUAAAGUCGGUCAACAAGUCUCUGCCUCAGUCCAAAUGUGUGGAAAACUGUCAUCCUGGAUUUGUCAAACGGGCUCGGGAAGGAGAGCCAAUUUGCUGCUAUGACUGCAUUCCUUGUCCAGAGGGGACCAUCUCCACUCAGGAAGAAAAAUGCAGCAAGUGUCCACCUGAUCAAUAUCCAAAUGAGGACCGAAUACAAUGUAUCCCCAAAAUUAUAACCUUCCUGUCUUACAAAGAAUACCUGGGCAUUAUCCUGGUCUCUUUUGCUAUAAUCUUGUUCCUAACCACGGGCCUUGUUUUAAUCAUAUUCAUUAAAUACCAAGAAACUCCCAUUGUCAAAGCCAACAACCGGGACCUCUCCUACAUCCUCCUGGUCUCCCUCCUUCUUUGCUUCUUGUCUUCUUUCCUUUUCAUUGGUCAACCAAAGAAAGCUACCUGCCUUCUCCGACAAACACUGUUUAGCAUUGUCUUCUCAACUGCCAUUUCUUCUCUCUUGGCCAAAACAAUCACAGUGGUGCUGGCUUUUCUGGCCACUAAACCAGGAAACCGAGUGAAGAGAUGGUUGGGGAAGAGCUUGGCCAACUCCAUCAUCCUUUCUUGUUCUGCUGUCCAAAUGAUCAUCUGCUCCAUCUGGCUGGGAGUUUCUCCACCAUUCCCUGAUUUUGACCUCCACUCCCAGCCUGGAAUGAUCAUCCUGCAAUGCAAUGAAGGCUAUGAUGUCAUGUUCUACAUCACCCUCAGCUACCUGGGCUUUCUGGCUGCCAUAUGCUUCACGGUGGCUUUCCUGGCCAGGAAUCUCCCUGGGGCUUUCAACGAAGCCAAGCUGAUCACCUUCAGCAUGCUGAUCUUCUGCAGUGUCUGGGUGAGUUUUGUGCCCACCUACCUUAGCACCAAAGGGAAAUACAUGGUGGCUGUUCAGGUCUUCUCCAUCUUGGCUUCCAGUGCUGCUCUGCUGGGCUGCAUCUUCAUCCCCAAGUGCUACAUCAUCAUUCUGAAGCCAGACCUGAACACAAAGGAGUAUCUUACAACCAGAAAAAAUGUAGAAAUAUGA